CUCCCACGUGGAUUGGGUUGGUUGAUAAAAAUUGUGGGCAGUGUCGCUUUAAGACAUCUGAUAGUUCCCAGGGAAGGACUGGAAAUAGUCUACAGUACUUGGGAGGCUUCGCAGUAGAAGCAGCUGCCUGGUAGAUAGCGCGGGGGCUGCCUCGGCUCUAUAUACGGGGGGAGCACCGUCCCUUCGGCACCGGAGCUCAGCUGGUUACUGGGAAGGCAGGAGCUGUCCGUUCAGCACCACGGAGACUGGACCACUUCAUCCCGACCCCGAAGCUGAUCUAAUUACCCUUUCAGCACCAUUGGAACUGGACCACUCCAUCCCUGCGCUGAAGCAGAUCUGCCUAUAGGGACCGCGGGAGCUGUCCUUUCAGCACCAUUGGAACUGGACCGCUCCAUCCCUGCGCUGAAGCAGAUCUGCCUAUAGGGACCGCGGGAGCUGUCCUUUCAGCACCAUUGGAACUGGACCGCUCCAUCCCUGCGCUGAAGCAGAUCUGCCUAUAGGGACCGCGGGAGCUGCCCUUUCAGCACCACUGCAAAUGGACCACUUCAUGCAGAAGGGGGUGACGCCGGGGAAGCUAAAAUGAGCAGGUUGCUACCCCUGAAUCCUUGGCCACUUUCUCUGCCCAAGCUCUUAUGUGUUUUUCUUCCUAUAGAAAUACUGUAAGAGAGGGGGAACCCCACAAACCCUAAGCACCCCUCCUUCUGUAUUUUUUUUAAAUCCGGAACAGAUUAUUUGGGACCUGUUAUGACUCUUGAUCCAAGGGGGGUUCAUUCCGGAGCAGAUGGAUUUUAAAAAGUACUAAGAUCUUUUUUAUUCCAAUGAACAGUCCUGGAGCUUUCUGUCCCCGGCUGGAUUACUCAGAGAGUGGCGAUGGUCUCGGCAAUGUCUGGGCUCCUGUAUUUGUGGAUAAGUGCUUGCGCCUUGCUGCUCUGUCAGGGAUCCCUUCAUCACAGUUUCCAGCAGCAUCACUUGCACCAAUCAGGAUUUACUUCAGGACACUUCCCCCAUCACAGGAAACUGGGAGAAAUAGAAGGUGGAACCUGUGAAGUUAUAGCUGCGCACAGAUGCUGCAAUAAGAAUCGCAUCGAGGAACGCUCACAGACCGUGAAAUGUUCUUGUCUUCCUGGAAAAGUGGCUGGAACGACACGGAACAGGCCCUCUUGUGUCGAUGCUUCCAUAGUUAUUGGAAAAUGGUGGUGUGAGAUGGAACCUUGUUUAGAAGGGGAAGAAUGUAAGACCCUUCCCGACAACUCGGGCUGGAUGUGUGCCACCGGCAAUAAGAUCAAGACCACAAGAUUUCAGGGUCACUUAUGACCAACUUGAUGCAAGGCAGGAUGGCAUCUGAGAGGCCCUGAACCUUAUUCACCCGAGAUCCUAAUAAUCUCCUGACACAGUGACGAGCAGAAGAGCAGGCCAUAUUAAAUCUCACGGACUUUAUUAAGGAUUUACAAGCCAAAUGGAUAUUUUACUUGCACUUUUGGAUUUUCAGACAAAAACCAUUUCAACAAUGUGAAAUAAAAUGACUCACAGUCAGAACAGAAAUUUACUUCGGACUUUGGCACGGAUGGCAAAAACUUUGGAAUGGGUUGGAGGCGGAGCUUAAUCAUGUAUAUAUUUAAUUACCCUUCCUCGUAAAUCAGUGGAAGCCUCUUCUUUUUUUUUUUUUUUACCCAUGGGAACGCUCCCAUGUUUGUAUCACUGCAACAUAAAGCGAGAUGAGGAUCAAACUACCCAAGAACUUGGAGCUGAAGAACAUGUGGAAUCAAGAUCUUCCUUUUAUUCUUGAUUAACGUGUAGAUUCAACAUAUUCAUUUUUUUCCCCUUUUGUUUUUUUAUCCUGAGACUUUCUACUCAUGUGUGAUAAUAGCAUGCAGCCUAUAACCAUGUCCAUGUUUUUAUUAUCCAACCAACAAACUCUUAUGUUGAUGGCUCUGCCAUCGUCCAAUGAAAUAGAAUUAUGUCUGAGGAAGAUACACAAGAAAGAUAAGCAUGGAAGACUAACCAUAAGCGUUUCUAUUGGACGGCUGAAUGGCUUAUGGUGGGUCUAGUUGCAUUAGGGGUGUAAAUAGAAAUAAUGAUUGAUGGUUUUUAUCGGGGGCUGUAGGCAACAAUCCUUAUCUGACUCCACCAUUUUUGCACUUGUUUAUCCCCCAGAAGGAAAAAAAUUCUCCCUUGACAUCAUUUGGUUUGUUGAUUUUUUUUUUUUUUUAAUGCCUAGUAAUGCUUAUAUGGAGUUUGAAAAUCCACGUUAUUACAUUUGAAAGGGUUUUUAAUUUAUUAAUGGGCUAAUUUAAGCUGCAAUAUUUCUCCUAAUUCUGGAUAAUAUCAUUAAACGUGUAUAAAUUCUUAUAAUGAG